CCAAAUUCUUGUUCGGCACUAAAACAUUUGGGGAAUUUUUGAGAACUCCACAGAAACCCCUCUUUCAUUUAAUCUUUCCUGCAGAAAUCAACAGAUUGAGAGAGAGGGAGAGAGUUUGGAGAUGGUGAAAGCAUACACACAAGAACAUGUAUACAAGCAUCCAUGGGAAAGGGUAACAUCAGCAGCAUGGAGGAAAUUUACAGAUCCAGAAAACAAGAGAAUCUUACCACAUAUACUUGAAGUUGAUACAUUGAAUAGGAAACUUGAUUCAAAAGCUGGGAAGUUUUAUACAACAAGGGCGAUAACAGUUCAUGCACCAGGGCCAUGGUUUAUUAGAAAAAUUCUAGGUCAAGAUAUUUGUCAUUGUGUUGAAUCAACUGUUGUUGAUGCUAAAUUAAAGACUAUGCAACUUACUACUACCAAUGUUAGUUUGAAGAAAGUCUUAGAAGUUGAAGAGAAGGCUGUUUAUGAACCUCAUCCUGAUAAUCCAUUGUGGACUCUUGCUAAACAGCGAACUAGUAUUAAGAUUAAGCCAUUUUCAGCUUUAGCUUCAAUGGCUGAAAAGGUUGAACAAAAAUGUGCUGACAAGUUUUUGCAGAACAGUGUUAAAGGAAGAGAAGUUAUGGAGAGGAUUUGUAAGUAUCUUGAAUCUGAAAAGUCACCUGGGAUUUCUCUUUAAUCUGUUAGUUUACCUUCUUUUUGGUAUCCCUAAUCUUUCACUUUUAGGGGUUUUUUGUUGUUCGAUUUUGGUAGAAUUUUGGGUGUAAUAAUUUGGUGUAAUUACAUGAUCCUCUCAAUUGUAGAGGGUUUAACUUAAGAAUUAGACUUUUUUUUCUCAUGCUAAUGAUAUUUAGUUUUGAAAUUUUGGGUUUCA